AUGGAAAAAAGCGAGAAACAAGGGACACAGGGUAAAAAGGAGAAAAAGCGAGAAAGACAAGUGGAACAAUGUAGUGGAAAAGAGUACGGAACAUUAGAAGAGACACAGGACAAGGAAAAAAAAAAAAACAGCGAAGAAAAAAAGAAAAAAAAAGAGAGAAAAGUAGAAGAAGGAAAAAGAGAACAACAGCAAGAGGAGCAAGAAGAAAAAGAGCAACAAGAUGAGAAGUAG